AAAAAUACCAGAUUAUAUUUGUUGGUACUCAUGAAAGAACAAAUUAAUUUCAAAUUUUUGUGCUUUCUUGAUCCGUAAUAUCAUGCAGUAGUAACAAUCGUUGACGACAUAAUAAUGUACCAUUCUUGUAUAACAAUAUUAUGUCAGUCGUACGUAGUAGCAGCUAGCAACUUUAUAGUGCGUGGCAAUUUUCGGGUUGGUAGCAUUGUCAGGAGCAAUGGCGGAGGUAUAAAUCUCUUUUAAGUGUGGCGGUUUGCGUGUGAUUGUUCUUUAAAUAUUAACAACUAUAAAGUGACAUAUCCUCUCUAAUUUUCGGAAUGAGUUGAAAUCUAUAUACGUUUGUUGAGGUGUCUAAUGGUUUGAAGGGGUUAUGUCAUGUGAUAAUCAUGGUGAUCUCUGUGUACUACUGUAACAAUCUAAUAUGCUAUUUGCUCAGGAAUAGACUUGUGGAGGACAUAACUGAAAUAAUUAUUGCAAACGUUGGUUUAGAGAGUAGUGACGAUAGAAAUUAAGAUAAGAUUAGUGCAAUAUCUCAGGUUAGGGAUGGUGCAGGGGAUGUCGGUACUAGUAUAGUGCAGUUCAAAAGACCGCAGAGCAUGAGUGUAAGGAUGUGUGCGAUUUCCUGACUUCGGAUAUUGAGUACAGUUGGAUGACAUUUUGGGCAGGUUCGGGGUCGCAGCAAGAACUUACGUUAGAAAGGCAAACAUUUCCUUUUAUCAAGGGGAGAGAGCCGUAGCCAGAGGUGGCGCUAAUCAAAUUUUGAAUCACAAUUGAAGUACAAAGGAUUCCCACAGAACAAGCUGGAACAUCUGUAAGGACGGAGUUGUCAUUUAGAUCAUGGAAGAGAACUCCAUCGUUGUAAGUGGCGUGGAAGCCGAUGAAGACUUCGGUUUUGUGAAGCGUGAAUGUGAGGUUCUGGGCAAGGCUCUGACACGUAGCAACCCUCCCCCCUCACUGCCAGAUGAGGCGGACAACAAAGAGACCGGAAGCGAGGAACAACAGGUGGAUAACGAUUCAUCCCUCAGUGCACCAGAAACAACCGGAAAUGACGAGGAUUCAAAACCGGAUGUUGAAGAAGACGUCAGUUCCAUAACAACGUUAGAGUCGAUAGGUGAGGAUGGUAUUCCAUCUAGUGAUGUGGUAUCGGACGAAACGGAUAGUUUUAACUUGCGCAAACUUGGAGGAACUUUGCAAGAUUUUUCUCAUAUGAAUGAGCUAGGUCAUGUGUACGACGCCUCAAAAAGAAAGGUCACAGUAGCCGAAAUAUCCUCACGUAAUCACCCCGGUAUUUUACGUAAUAUGUCUUCGGGUUCGGAGCCUCCGCAACAACCAACGGAAGGUGCACCAGCAAACAAAGAAGAUGAUCUCCCGCAGGUCUUCCAAGUCAAGUACCUUGGUCAGCGUGAUGCCAGAGGUCUCUGGGGAAUUAAAAAUACGAGGCGACCAGUAGAUGCAAUGGUGGCUGCAGCAAAGAACCUGAAAGCAGGAACGGUGUUACCAAUUGUCAAACUCAUUGUUUCUAAAGAAGGUGUCAGUGUAGCGCAAGCGCAGAAAAAGGUGGAGGAAAUCCUGAUGUUUCAUCCUAUAGACACGAUAUCAUACGGUGUUCAAGAUCUGGUUUACACCAGAGUGUUUUCUAUGAUCAUCGUCAAGGAAAUAGGAGAUUUAAAAGGGCAGCAUCCUUUUGAAUGCCAUGCGUUUGUUUGUGAGAGCAGGAAUAGUGCCCGAAAGCUGACAUAUGCGCUUGCGUCAGCUUUUAAUGAGUACAGUAAAAUUGUUAAGGCAAGAAAUGGUGGCGAGAAUGUUAAAGACGGACUAGCAGCUGCGAAGAAAAAGUUUGCCAUUGAUUUGAGGAGUCCAGAAGAAAUUGAAGCUGAUUUGAAUUCUCCACAAGCUGAAGAUUCUGAGGCCUAAGUAUAAAUUGAGGCUAUGGUGUAUGUCUAAGUGUACUGACUGAGAUUAGAGUGUGAUGAAUUGUGUCUAUGAAAGAGAAAGUGUUGUGUGGCGUGGAGUGGAAAAUAUUCAGUCUCCAUAAAUGAAUACAGUAACAGCCAUCAGCGUACCGACUGCAAGAGCAUGGUUUGUAUUAAUGGGAAGUAAGAGGGUGGUGCGCGGCGGCCCAGGUCUGGUCAAGUGGGAUUUGUGGUGGACAAAGUGACGCUGGGGCAGGUUUCCUCCGAGGACUUCGAUUUCCCCUGCCAAUCUUCAAUCUUCCAAAUUCUUCAUCAACGUGAUCACAGAUACAGUAGGCCAUUCAGUGGCCGACAUGCCGAGUGGACCCAGUUGGACUCCAUCGCCCCACUGUGCGAAUUAAAAAAAAAAGGCGGGUGGUAAGCAGUUGAACCGUUAGCUUUGUUCUGCGGGAGUAUCUCGAAACACAACCAUGUGUGCCGAAACCAGACGUUUCACUUUCUGAAAUAUAGGUAAAUGUAAGAAUUUGGCAUCUGUUUUAUAUGAUGUUUUCUUGGAUUCUUUCGGAGCGCGAUGAAAUUAAUUCAUUCUAAGUUCGUAUCUAUAACCUUAAUGAUAAUGAAUAUGAGACAUUUUUAUUAUAAUGUUCUAUUUUUUGAAAUGUAAAUGUCACAUAGAAAUUUACUAUGGGAUUGGUUCGAAAAUGAAAGAAAGACAAUUUACUACAUGCGAUAACAAACAUAAACCCGAAGCCAAUAUCUUUAAUUAAAUUUGUUCUUAAUAAUAUUAGUAAACCUGCGGGAUAACUCAUGUGAGACUAGGAGAGAGUAUUACAAUUAUCUUUGAAGCUUUGUUGUUUUCAGUUUACAUGAAUACGGUGGUAAAGAGAUUGUAAAAUUACAGUACCACGGAUAAUUGUACUUGUGUCAUAAUUUUAGCGCUUGCUAUUGUGAAACGCUUUAUUAACCGAAGAAAACUGUACGUGUAUGUUUGUCACAUUGCUGAACUUAGCUUAAUUCUUGCUUUGUGCAUUAGGAGUGGCUGAUAUAAACAAAAGUUUCAGACUUGAAGUGGGAUAAAUUCUAAGUAACAUUGCCUCUUUAAAUGUUGCGCUUUGGAUUGUUGUCCUGAUCGUGCGCGCUUAUUGGUGUCCUUUCAUAAACUGAUUGAGUUCUUAGGAAACUUAUACGUGACUCUUGUCUCUCAAGCACGCAGGUUCUUCGUAACAGGCAUGUCGAAGAUUGAACUACAGUCAUUUUUCGACUGUGUGUUUACGUAUCUGCCUGAUUUUCUGUUUAACCUAACGGAGUCCACUGUUUGAGGUUGCUAAUAUUGGAGUUAGCCGGUUAGUAGGAUGCUGGGCCAAAUAGUUCACAUCCUCAUAGCCCAUUUUACUACGAUUCUCAUGUUAUUAUAAUCGUCAUCCACAUCCUCGAGCCCAUGUCAUAGCUGAGGCGAUCAGUCACUGGUUUCCCACCUCGGCGGCCCCGGUUCCACCCCAGGUCACGUCAUGUGGGAUUUGUGGUGGAAAAAAUAGCACAGGAGCAGGCUUCCUCCGAGUACUGCGCUCUACCCGACCAAUUUUUCUCCCAGCAACUGCUUUCUAUCCAUUAAGUUUCCUGUCAUAAACGAUAGCAUCGUUAACUAACAGACUGUAACCCAUGUCCUUGAUAUUUCAUGUUACCGCCUUCAAAGAUGUCUUGACCUUCAAAUUUCUUAAAAAAUUUGUUGCACUGCCACCCCAUUUACGUGUACAAUCAGUCUUCAUAUUGUUAUUGUCAUUAGCCUAACAAUACGGGGCGAGGAGCGUUUGUUACGUGCUGCUGGUAAAGCACUCCUUUCUCUGUCUCAGCCGCGGAUACAGCUGCACCACGUGUGGCGUCGCGUCUCUAGAUGGACACGUGGAAAAGUUAAGCCGAGAGUGAAGGUUUAGAUGUCUAGACUGGGUGGAAAUGAUUACAUGUAACUAGGACAAGUUCGGCUGUAUUGUACUGGGGGUGUUGGCUGUCGUUGCUGCAGCAAAUGAACUUAUUGUAAGUUAAGGUAAAAUUGUCCCUGUGUUUAACGAAUUUAAGCACUACGCCAUGAAGGUGUAUGGGAGAGUGGA